CCACUACGAGCACGAACGAGCACCCGUACCAUCAAUUAUGAGUACUGAGAUAGUGAUUAGGCAUUGCCUUUCAUCAAUUGCAUCACCGCCAUGAAUUCGAUAUCUCAACUCUUUAUAGCACCCUUUCGUAGUGUCUCCAACAUCUAUGAAAAUUGAGCAAGAAUCCCACCCGACGUGAGACGAGUGGAUUUCGACCCUUCGUCGUGAACCUAAAUGCGGUUCAUCUUGGAGUUUGCGACAAACGAAGCUGCAUCUUGUAUUAUUGUUCUGUAUCACUGAAUUGACAAUUUGGCGUAAAAUAAUACAAUCAUGACUGACCAAGAAAUGUCGCAGUCCAGUGAAAUUACAACCGGCGAAAUUGAGUUACAGGCCUCUGGCGUCGCCUCCAACCCUACCCAACCUCCGGGAAAUCCCGAAAGAUUGGAAAUGCUUUUCAUACCGGCAAACCGGUCCCCCGAAAACCCUCCAUCGAAUAGCGGUGCUCGCAAUCAUUUGCUUGAUCACUCAAGUAUUGCACAAAGCCAUCACUCUGCAAGAAGGGCACUGGUGUUUAGUACGAACGUAAAUGGGACAGGUGCUCACGACACUGGCACUCGUUCUCAGGCUCCAAAUAUAGCUGCAUCACAAUCACAGAGUUCCCCGAGACAUAUUGCAAGAUGCGAAACAUGUUGCAUCCGGACGUUCCGUAAUUUCAUCUUCUUCCUGACCUACCCGUGCGUGCUCCUCAUAACUAUGUGCUGUCUCUUGGCAGUCCUGAUCUUUUGUGUUGUGCCUACAAUGAUAUGCAUGAUCAUUGUAACUUGUUUGUAUUACUGUCUCGCAAACGACCCGGUGCCCGUUUCCUCGUUGGUGCGACACAUUUUUAUUGGAGAGGAAGCGGACAAUUCUUGGUACGUGAGGGGGGGACUCUAUCCGAACGGAAACGACAGAGACGGUGCCGAAGUCAAUCGAGAGCUGUUUCAAUCGAAGUUGGUAGUUCGAGAGCUCUUACAAGUCAAGAAGCAUGCUUCAUCGCCAGAAUAUGGUGACGCUGAUAACAUUGGAGCUAUUGAUGAUGGGCAUACUCACGAGAGAUACGAUUCCAAUUCAAAGCUCCACGCCGGGGAAGAGUCGGGGGGAAAUGCUAAGAAAAACGAAAUGAACAGACGUGGUUUAUUGGAUAGCCGCUUCUCUCGUUGCCACCCCUUUCCAAUUCAGAUUUUGACCGAAGGCAAAUUGUACCGUUUCUCAGAGCCUCUGAAGGCACAAAUGAAAGAUGACAAUACGGAUAAAUCGAUACGCGCAUUGAAGGAAGGAGAAGCUGGAACUAGCGACGAUAUCGAGAGCGGUCUCCCGAAUCACGUGGGUGAAGAUAACGACGCUUCGUCCUCUCUCUGUUUUCAACGCACAGCAGAAAAUCAACUUUCGAAUAGAAAUCUUAGAGAGAUCUUCCCACGAAACAAUGUCGAUACCCAUCUCGAGCGCAAUCGAAGCGAAUGCAAUAUUCAAGACGAUACCGUACCUGAUGCGGAUGACACAGAAAACCACGGCGUUUGUGCCAGAAUAAAGAAUAAUCACUUCGGUGAGGAUACAGAUACACUGCAUCUACGAUGUAAUGAAGCCGACGACAAUUCAAACAAGAUUGGAGUCGAUCCAAAAAGACAGGAGGAAGCUUAUGGGUGUGAUCCCGAUGAGAGCAUGCGAGAUCGCGGAGCAAUGUGCGACAUUUGUCUCCUGGAGUUUGAAGCUGGUGAUGAGGUUGCGUGGUCUCCAAAUCUUAAAUGCAGCCACACAUUCCAUAAAGAAUGCAUCUUAGACUGGUAAGAAACGAACAUACAACAUCGCGUCGGCAUGCGUAUUUGGUGGCUAGCACUCCCGCUAAAUAUUUUGCUAACUAGGUUUACUCUUUCCAUUUUCGUUUUUCACAUCACAAUCACAUUGUCCUUAGGCUUGUGAGGAAACAGACGUGUCCUACUUGUCGUCAGGAUUAUCUCAAGGGAAACACGGACGAUGACAAAGAAUAGGACGCCUAGCCAACUGAAAAUGCAGAUUGAAGUGAAAGGAGGUUCAAAGCUAAACGACUUUUCUACUUAAAGGGAUUUGCUGGUAAAUGAAUUAGUGGAAGUUCAAAAGUUAAAUAUCCAAGAGCUGAUUGGUGGACCGAAGUUUUAUCGGAAUAUCCUUGAAGUAUUCGUUGCAAUUCAACAAACAGGCGCUCUCUAUUUUUUCUUCUUCUUCUUUUUAAGUUUGUAAGUCCGCAUCUGUCGAACGCAUCGAAUGCGGUUGUGCUCUUCUUUGGACAAGUUGAGGAAAAGGAAACGGUUCAGAUUUGGGAAACGAUGACUGAUGGAUUGAUUGAUUCGACUCCACCAAUAGUAUCGAAAUAUGCAUGCUGAGUAAUUCCGGGGCAAUCGAUUAUACGAUAUUUUGAAAUGCAAUUACACUAGACUCCCACCGACGCAAUAAAAUAUCUCCCUAGAAAUAAGACAUGACAAGAACUCAAAUAUCCUUAAUGUACUAUCAAAACAUGACCAUAAUAUAUCAUUUGAUGUAUUACAGACGAUUCCUAUAUUUGAUUUUUAGGAGGCCCAUCUUCAUGUCAGGCUCCGACAGUAAUGCUAGGCUCUGAGGCGAUCAGGGUUUGAGGCUUCUCUUCCUCACGGUUCAUUCACAAUAUAUCUCAUUUGCUAAGUAAUCCUAGGUCCAAAAUCUAGGAAGAUGGAUAUUGCACGUCUUGAAGAGUUGGUUGUUACUUCUCGUCAUCCCCCUUACAGUUGACAAUUCUUCCUUGUCCAUCCUGAACAAGUGGCGUUUAUUCUCAUUUUUUCCGCAGUGCUUGCCAAUUCUUUGUUUUUCAUCUUUACCAUGGGGUGGCUUAGGUGCACCAGGACGUUUAUCUUCUUCUCGGACUAUGACACCAAGGCUGAUGUUCCCGGAGAUCAACUAAUUGGCAUGGCUCUUACGAAUGCUGACAUCUCGGGCGAUCAGGAUCUUGGGGCGGUUCUUCCUCAAGCUGUGUCGAGAGUAUCUUGACCGACAAGUGAAAGCGCGAACAUCGUCUAUGCCAAAUGUUCCUGCAUCCGAGAUCGAGGAGAUUGGAUCUUCCCGGGAUUGAUUUGUUCGAUUCAUUGUUGUUGUCGAUUGAAAGUCGUUUGAAGUCAAAAAUCAGUCCGUGUACCGGUAUAAGAAAGAGAAGUAACCAUG